AUGGCCGCGGGCAGCAAGAAGACCAAGGCCAAGGAUAAGAGUGGCAAGGCCGCCACCAAGCAGAAGAAUAAGAAGGGAAAGACCCAAGAAGUCACAGAACCUCAACCACCUGCAACCGAUACCCCUACUCCUGGCAGUCCUGUACUUCCGGCGCAGGAGCAAGAACAGGCCGAAGACCAACAAGAGCCUGCUGUUGACACACCUGUCGAAGCACCAACACCUCUGUCUGAAUCAGCAUACGAGGUAUUCGACGACGACACCACACCACAAGACAAUCCUACCCCUGUCGCAGAUCAGGAAGAACCUUCAGUCGAACCCUCCGUAUCUCCAGACGAGGUGGUCGACAACGAUACUGCCCCCCAAGACAUCUCCGACCCUGUCGAAGAUCAAUCAUCACCUAUAGUUGACAUCCCUGCCGACGGGGAACAACCUGCAGACGAGCCAAGCUCCGCCGAGACUCCCGUGGAGGACAUCGAGACCAAAGAGCCAUCUGUGGAAGAGCCAUCUGUGGAAGAGCCAUCUGUGGAAGUACCCUCUGUGGAAGAACCCUCUGUCGAAGAGCCCUCUGUCGAAGAGCCCUCUGUGGAAGUACCAUCUGUGGAAGAGCCAUCUGUGGAAGAGCCAUCUGUGGAAGAACCCUCUGUGGAAGUACCCUCUGUGGAAGAACCCUCUGUGGAAGAGCCCUCUGUCGAAGAGCCCUCUGUCGAAGAGCCCUCUGUGGAAGUACCCUCUGUGGAAGAGCCCUCUGUCGAAGAGCCCUCUGUCGAAGAGCCCUCUGUCGAAGAGCCCUCUGUGGAAGUACCCUCUGUGGAAGUACCCUCUGUGGAAGAGCCCUCUGUCGAAGAGCCCUCUGUCGAAGUACCAUCUGUGGAAGAGCCCUCUGUCGAAGAGCCCUCUGUGGAAGUACCAUCUGUGGAAGAGCCAUCUGUGGAAGAGCCCUCUGUGGAAGUACCAUCUGUGGAAGAGCCAUCUGUGGAAGAGCCAAUUACCGUUGAAUCUCCCAUCGAGGACACCGAGGUCAAGGAACCGUCUCCGGAAGAACCAAUUGCAGUUGCAUCUCCUGUCGAGGACACCGAGGUCAAAGAGCCGCCACUGGAAGACCCAACUCCUCCCGUCCAGCCUCCAACUGAGGACACAGAAGCAAAAGAGCCCUCGGACGACCAGAGCAAGCCAGACGAGACAAGCCAAGCCGAUUAUUUCCAAGAGACAACUGUUGCCCCAUCACCGGCACCAGCUCAUCCAUUCUCCCCUGCGGCUGUCGGCGUAGCAUUGCCUUCACCAUCGUCCACUGAAGCACGGUUUAUUUCAACUCCCUCUCAAGAGAGCCAGCUAUAUCACCCUGCACCAUCCACAUUUUCUGGUUACGCUUCACCCCCUCCCUUCUCGGCGCCAGCACCUUACACCUCAGCAAGCGCAUACGCUACCUCACCGGUGGCAACUUCAUACGCUUCACCUGCUGCCUACGCUGGAUCCCCGGCACCUUACGCCUCACCAACGCCUUAUAGCUUACCUGGACCUUACACCGGUAUUCCGGCGUCCUACGCCUCACCAAUAGGUUAUAACGCCCCGCCGGUGCCCAAAGUCAGCAGCCCACUUGCACGUUCUCGCCGACGUCAAAUGUCCCCAUCACUGUCCCCUACUGCAACACCUCAAAACCAACCAGCUGCACCGAUAUCUCAUCACCAAGCACCACCCGUCAUGCCUCAAAGUAUUCCACACCCUCUACACUCUCCUGUCAUGAGUGGGGACAGAAUGGUACCUCCUUAUGGGUCUUACUCUCAUCAUGCACCGGAUCCCCAUUACAUGCAGAGAAGCUACAGCAUCGCCGACCCAUCAUAUGCAGCAUCAUAUGCUGCACUUCAAAGCCUGUCCAUGGGUCAGGCCAUGGGCCAGGGUCGUCCUCACGAGAGUGGGUCUCCCCCAGAGGGCGAGACUGAGCAUAUUGAGCUUCUUGGACGUAUCCAAUCGGCCAUUCCAGACAUCAAUGCUCUGCUCAGUGGGUUCCGCAACACCCAGCAUAGGCUUUCCCACCGAGAGGCUGAGAUGAAACAAAUUGGAACGCAGCAUGAACAGGCGUUGCUACACAAGGACUACUACAUUGAAGCCUUGCAAUCACAAAUGAAGAAGACUGCCAAUGAAAGUGCCGAAGAAGCUUCCAAGCUAAAACACACCAUCAGCGAGCUGCGUCUGGAACUCGGAGAUCUUCAAGAGAAGCAGAAGGAUCUUGAAGAUAACGUGACUGCUCACCAGAAGACCACUGAGGAACUGACUGAAGCCAAGGCCGAGCUCGAAACCCAGCUCACCAAGCUGAACGAAGACAUACAAGAGGCGAAGGAAGCCCACGAGAAGGAGCUUGAAGCCAGGAAAGAGGAGCAAGAGCAAGCUCUUGUGUCACAGAAACAUGAGCUCACCGAGUUGUUCGAGGAGAUCAAGAGCGAGGAUGAGAAAGCAGCAGCCGAGACUCUGGAAGCUCGCGAGAAGGAGCUUCAAGAUGAGCACGCAGCCAGAAAGGGCGAAUGGGAGAAGGAGAAGUCCGAAUUAGAAGAUUCCCUCGAAGCCCACCGCACCGAGCUCGAGGCCACCAAGACAGAAUUGGCUUCCCAGAUCGCUGCUUUGGAAUCCAAGGAGGCCGAAUUACAAACCAAGCUCUCCGAACUCGCCUCGACAAGUGAAGAACUCGCCUCGACAAGCGAAGCACUCGCAGCGAAGCUCGAGGAACUGGAAGCGUCACGAAUUGAAUUGGAAGAAACCAACAAGAAGCACGCCCAGGAAACCGAAGAGCUUCAACAAAGUCAUGCCGAUGAAUUGGAGUCCCUGCGACAAUCUCACAGUGACGAACUCGCUGCUACGACCAAGGAGUUCGAAGACAAGAUUGCGGCUCUGGAAGCUCAAAUGAGUGAGAAGGAAGAGCUCUGGAAUACAGAACGCGCCUCCAUGGAGCAGCAAAUCGCAGACAAGACUAGCGAACUCGCCAGUUCCGAGCGCGAGAAGGAGAAGUUGGAAGGAGAGGGAAUUAUCAAGGAGCAGCACCUUCAGCGUGCAGUUGAAGGGAUGCGCACUACCAUUGAUAACUUGGGCGGAGAUUGCGACAGGCUAAGAAAGACAUUGCUUAGCCUGGGAGAAGCCACUGAUCUCAGAAACACCAAGGGCGAUCAAUUCUUUUUGGAAUGUUUCAACGAGCUCUCGCAGCUCAUCCACGAUCUCUCCAAAGAACAUUUCGGAUAUCUUCCCAUCGAUCCCCCCAAAGACAUCCUUUCCAAGAUUCCCUCUGAACUCCCGCCUUUCCUUGAUAACACCCCUGCCUCCCGCGAACUGCGCUGUGCAUACAUCCAACACAUCAUCUCUAAAACCCUAACUUUCCGAGUAUUCCAGCCCUUCCUCUUCACUCUGGGCCGGAGAUAUGACAAAGCCGACACCUUCUUCCAAAUGUUGUCCAUGGACAUUCGACGCAAGUCCGUCCGCCGCGAGGCAUUCUGGAGACAGCAGACUCUCAAAGCAGCCUACACAACCUCCGACGCCAAGCAAUCCAUCAACGUCGCCGCUGCAGUCAUUGUCGAUGAGAUUAUCGAUCACAUCAAGCACUUUGCCGACCCCAAGCACCUGGAUUCCCUCCUGACCGGCGUCCGAAGGAUCGUCAAGCUCGCCGCCGAGACAUGGCGACACGCACGCGUCGAGCGCGAGCUCGUCAUCGCCAGCUUCCCCGCCCCAGACGCAGAGAGCAUUUCCAAUGAGAGUUGGUCCGAGUACGCCUCCAACAAGGAGCAGAAGCACAACCCGAAGAACGAGCCCAGUCGCCAUGUCGUCCUGCGUACUUUCCCUCGUAUUACCCGCGAGGCGGCACACGAGGACUUCGCUAGCGAGGAAGAGAAGGCCUCUCCCUGUAUCUACUCGCACGGCAUUGUCCUGUACUCCGAUUCCCCUGUCAUCAUGGGUCGUCUCCAGGAGUUUGCAAAGCGGUCAACAGACACUCUCGUCGGUGAUGACGGCCAGACCUCGCCUAGCAGGAGAUCUACCGAGAAAUUGUCCCCGAUCGAUGUGUCGUCACCAAAGGUGAUGUCUGUAAGGUCUGCCCCUACAAGUCCUGGUGCGAAGGGUCAGUUUAUGAGGAUGUGA